AUGCCACCAUAUUCCCCUGUCAUGGCCGGGGGCCACUGCUUUGACAGGUGGAAGGAUUACCUUAACCUCUCAAAGGUGGUGGCAGAGAUCGUACAGGAGAAGAAAGACCACAUUUCCUCUCCGAUCUGGGACACCCUCGGCUGCGAUGGGCCACCAAGUGUUGCACCUGAGGACUCCUUGGGAGCCAUGGUGCAGUGUGCCAACGGAAGCAGCAGCAGCAGCGGGGGUGGCACGAAUGGCAGCCCUUCGCAGACCUCUCCGCCGGCGGACAGGGGCAUCUGCAACUUCUGCAAGCACAACGGCGAAUCCAAAAACGUCUACUCAUCCCACCCGCUGAAGAGAGCGGAUGGGAUGGUCAUCUGCCCCAUCUUGCGGAACUACGUGUGCCCGCUGUGUGGCGCAACUGCGGACAAGGCCCACACGCUGAAAUACUGCCCGUUCAACCAGGGGAAGCAGUCGCUGUACCGCAAGUGCGGACGCAACUCGGCCGGGCGAAAAGUCAAGAGAUGA